ACCCUACUCGUGUUGCAGCGGCAAAUAUCACCACGGACCAUGGACAUGGCUGUUCAAAGCGGGGCAAUUGGUGAUCCUGGGGGCGUCCCAGAAAAGAAUUAAAAACCCACUCACCUCCAGUCCAGCCCUCGUCCUCAAGAUCUCGCAUCUUAUCUGCUCCUGACAGCUUUGCCAACAUUACCGUUUCUGUCGUCGAUAUGCUUGGAGCUGCAGUCUUUUCUCUGUUGUCGCUGGCUCUGCCAGCAACUGCUGAGACUGUCGUGGGCGUCUAUAUGUUCUCGCGCCAUGGAGACCGGACUUCCAAGUCCACUCCCCCAACCAGCCUGACCAACUUGGGCUAUCAGCAAGUCUACCACUCCGGCUCAUACUGGCGGAGCCGAUAUGUCGACGGCAAUGCGACUUCAAAGGUUCUCGGUCUGAAAUCCGACAUCGUCAAGCAAUCUCAGAUCGCCGUUACUGCGCCAGUCGACAAUGUUCUGCAAAACUCGGCCAUUGGCUUCUUGCAAGGCCUGUACCCUCCAGUCGGCUCCGAUAGUGUGCAGACAUUGAACAACGACAGCACUGUUGCAGCGCCUCUCGAUGGCUACCAAUUGAUUCCCGUCAACAUCGUGUCAGGGGGCACUGGCUCUGGAAGCGAGGACAACACCUGGCUCCAGGAUGCCUCUGGCUGCGCAAACGCAAAGUCGAGUUCAAACAACUACUUCUCGUCUGCCGAGUACCAGGAGAAGCUGUCCAGCACUAGCGACUUCUACACCAACCUGUACCCUGUUGUAAAUCGUACCUUUGCCGAGGACUACAUGAGCUUCAAGAACGCCUACGCAAUCUACGACCUUAUCAACGUCGCCACGAUUGACAACGCUUCCUCCUCCAUCCAGUCGUCAAACCUGCUGUCCGACGACACCCUCUACCAACUCCGCACUCUCGCCAACGCCCACGAAUACGGCCUCGCCUACAAUGCUUCCGACAACAAACGCGCCAUCUCCGGCAUGCAACUCGCCGGCGAAAUCCUCACCUACCUCAACCGCACCAUCUCAUCCAAAGGUGCCAACAAGCUCGGUAUCCAAUUUGGCGCCUACGCCACCUUCCUCUCCUUCUUCGGACUUUCAGGCCUGGCAGACACAUACAUGGACCUAACUGGCGUCCCAGACUAUGCUUCGAGCAUGGCCUUUGAGCUGUACACCGAUGCCGACACCGACUCCUUCCCAUCCGGCGAUGACCUGCGCGUGCGCUUCCUCUUCGCAAACGGCAGCGCCAGCGCGUCAAAUGCACCCCAAGUCUUUCCGCUUUUCGGCGGGACCGACAACUCCACCUCCUGGGCUGAUUUCGAGGCGAAGCUGGGUGCGUUUGCCGUUAGGAACGCGGAGCAGUGGUGCACGACCUGUGGCAAUACCACAGGGACGUGUGCCGCCUAUUCAGACUCAAGUACACAGGACGUAGAUGGCCAGAAGAGUGGCAGCAACGGCGGCAUAUCGAAUGUCGUCGCGGGCGUCAUUGGCGCGAUGGUCACGCUAGCCGUGAUUUUAGGUCUCGAGGCGCUUGUGCUGGCGCUUGGUGGAUUCCGCGUCGUCAGCAAGAAAAGUCUUGGUGUAUCGCCAGCGGGCUCGUCUGUGGCUGUCAAGGCGUGAGACAUAGAUGGAUGGUACAGACUAAUGUUAGUUUACAAACGGUAGUCCGCAACCUGAAUCAAAAUACAAUGAGAUGUGCGCAUCUCACCACCAC